UUAGUUUUAUUGUAGACUGACAUCACACGAGGCGCUAAAAACACUCACAGCCCAGAAGCCCAUUAUCAUCUGCAGUCGCGUUAUUACAUCCAUGCAAAAAUAGACAAGGAAAUUACAAAACAUACAAAAAAAAAAACGAGGAAAACUGAUGGAGGAGUACGCACGUAUUUUUAUAGGAGGAGUGAGUGAGAGAGAGAGAGAGAGAGGGAGAGAGAGAUAGGAGGAGGAGGGACAGAGAGCAAGAGGGAGGGUGAGCAACACGAAAUUCAUUGCAAUUAAUAAUAAAAAAGAGUUGGCAGUCGUGCUCGGAAAACUGGCAUGGUUUUUGGGAGGCUGGCAGUUCAAAGUUGAAACGUCAGAAAUGACUCCAAAAGACUGUUGAGAUGAUCAUUAAGGGAGACUUAGAUCGGAUGGCAGAAGAGAUCGGGCAUCCAGGUAUUGGUCUGAAGUCGAUGCUGGAUGCCAUGGAAGUCCCAAGUCAUGCUAGGCACCUCCUCUUGCAAUUGAACACACAACGAACCAAAGGCUUCUUAUGUGAUGUUAUCAUUGUGGUGCAGAAUGCACUGUUCCGUGCUCACAAGAACAUCCUGGCAGCCAGCAGCCUCUACCUUAAGUCUCUUGUUGUUCAUGACAAUCUCAUCAAUCUGGACCAUGAAAUGGUCAGUCCAGGUGUGUUUCGAGUCAUUCUUGACUAUAUUUACACAGGACGCUUAAGUGAAGGUGACCCCACCUCACCAACUGAGCCAAAUAUAGGUGCAGUGCUGGCGGCUGCAAGUUACCUGCAACUGUUGGAUCUGGUGACUCUAUGCAAGAAGAAGCUGAAGAGGAAUGGGAAGUACCAUUUACGUCCUAACCCUGGGUUUUUACCAUACAAGAUAGACCCCAGUGGCAUGGGGGGAAGGCGGUUUCGAAUAUCUCCCCCUGUCAUCCACUCAGUAGUGAGCACCCCGCGACCUACACCAUUAGAGGACCUGCCCCCCCUCCCACUGCCCCCCCAUGGCGGAGAGAUUUAUGCACCAGCUCACACCCAGGGUCCACCACCAUACCCCCCAGCAAAGGCAUCCCUGUCGCCACAGUCAGGCCUGCGCUUGGCCCCUACUGACAGGAACUGCUCAUCUGUCUAUGGCCUUGACUUGUCCAAGAAAAGCCCCCAAUCCCAGCAUCCUUCUGGUCAUCCCCACUUGAUCUCCUCACUUCACCCAGAGGAGGGGCCUGAGGGGGAGCUAGACCAAAGCACCAGCCCCCUGCUCAGUCCUAACGAUGGCUCCAGAAAAAUGGAGGCAGCCCAUCAUGCGGGGUCUCUCACCCCACAUCCUUUCCCCCUACCCAAUCAUCCACUUGCACCCCAUCUUCCCCACCUGCACCGUCCUCAGGGCCAAGAACCUUACCCCUGCCCUCCCAGCCCAGAACCCAUGGAGGACUCCAGAGAACAAGGUCGAGAUGGGUCCAGCAUCUAUCGGUGGGUGAAGAAUGAGCCUUCCAACCCAGAGGAUGAAGAUGAGGAGGACGAAGACGAUGACAGUGGAGGAAUGGGUGAGCAGGAUAAAGAGAGACACCACCAGCACGUGAACCACCAUAAGAAUAGCGAGGAAAAGCUGAAUAUGAGCGAGCUGGGCUAUGACAGGGGGACUUGCGAUGAUGCAGAGGAUGAGAAUGGGACCGGCAGCGAGGAGACGGGGAGCAGUGGGGGUCGUCCAUCUCCACCUGUUCCAGGUGGAAGAUAUCACAUGCCGUACGAGCCAGAGAGUUUCGGGGAUAACUUGUACGUGUGCAUCCCUUGCGACAAAGGCUUCCCCAGCUCAGAGCAGCUUAAUGCUCAUGUGGAAACGCAUAAUGAGGAAGAGCUAAACAAUGGGAGUGAGCUGGACAACAACAGCAGCAAACCCACCAAUGCCCAUGGACCUACAAGCUUGAACAGCACUAGUGGCCUCCACAGCCCUUUCCUAGACAACAAGUCGGCACAAAACCUCCAUUCCAUUGGACUUGGGGAGAUCAUACGACCAUAUCGCUGUUCUUCCUGUGACAAGUCUUAUAAAGAUCCCGCCACCCUGAGGCAGCAUGAAAAAACCCACUGGCUUACACGCCCAUACCCCUGUAGCAUCUGUGGCAAGAAGUUCACCCAACGUGGUACCAUGACACGCCACAUGCGCAGCCAUUUGGGCCUAAAACCCUUCGCCUGUGACGCCUGCGGCAUGCGCUUUACUCGGCAGUACCGUCUGACGGAGCAUAUGCGCAUUCACUCCGGAGAGAAGCCCUACGAGUGCCAGGUGUGCGGUGGCAAGUUUGCACAGCAGCGCAACCUCAUCAGUCACAUGAAGAUGCACAGCAGUGUAGCAGCUGGUGGAGGACUGACUCCUGACGGCAAGCUGAAGAUGGACUUCUCCGAGGGUAUUUAUCCCCUGAGCAAGUACGCAGCUGAGCAUUUGGGUCUGAAGCAGGAGAAAACCUCAGACCUUUUUGCAGCUUCUCAGCACCUGCUGGCUGACACCAAGGUUAUGGAGAGCCUCUACCCGCUGUCAAAGCUGGCCGUGGAACACCUCGGCCUCACCCACAACAAGAUGGACAUCCUGAACCCGUCUUUGCCGCCCACUUCCCAGCAGCUCUCGGCAGAGUCCCGCACCAUUGACCGCUACUCUCCCAGCUAGAGGGGGGAACCACUAACUAUACUUUCUAAAGAGACAUCACUGUAUACCAUUCACAGUAUUCAACUCUCACCUCAUCUUCAUUUGAACCUGCACCUCAAAGAGUGGAGGCCGGAAUGUGUUGGCCAUAAAAAUGCACAAAACUGUUUAGUUCUGAACGUGCCUUUCUUUGCAGAUUUUGCAGUACGUGCAUUUCUUAAAAAUUACUUUUCUAAAAGGAGGAAACUGCUUUAUUUAUAAUCUGUUUUGACCGUUGGACACUCAGACAAUGCAGUAUUUAUAAAACAAAACAAAAAAAAACUUCUUUUUUGUUCAAUCACCGAGCCAAACAACCAAUUGAAAACCAAAAAGAGAUUGUUUUUAUUUAUUUUUAUUUUCCUUUUUUUUUUGUAUGAUGAAAAGCCAAAGAGAAAAUGUCAAAUGUUACAAAAGAGAGUUGCAAUCGUACCCUAAACCUGUGUACUAAGUAUUAUUGGUGUAUAUAGAAUGAAAAAGCACAUAUGAACAAUAUUCAGGGCUUCUGUCCAGAAUGGAGAGAGCAAUCUGGACGAAAGAAAAAGCCAAAUCUUUGGGAUUUUAUAGUAAUUGGAGGACUUUUUAUAGACUAUUUUUCGGAGUACUGGAUCACCUGUAUCUGAUUUUCCAGCUUUGUGAAUGGCCCAGUUUUUUCCAUACUAAAGGGAGCAACUAACUGAAGAGUGUUUGUUCCAGGACUUAGGUAAAGUGAUCUAAGCUUUUCUCUGCAUUGAUACAGUUAUCCCCUUCAGCGUGGAAUGAUAGUUCACAGAGAGUGCCAUUUAAUUUUUUUUUACCUUCAGGUGUAUGGUCCCGAGCUAUUUAGUGUCUUUGUUCAAUUUCCUUUCGUCAAACGCCAAGUGCCUUAAGCUUAUUGAAAAAGUAGCAAGUACUGCCCUGUGAUCUCACAACUGGAAUAUCUUUGUGCAUAUUCCGAUCAUGAUAUAACAAUCUGUGUCCACGUGUUUCGGUCCAUCUGGUGCGACAGACUAAGCAUGGGUGGUGCCUUUGAAAAGUCCAUAUGCUUCAGUUGUAUUGCAGUCGACCCCUUUGAAAGAUUCUCUGCAUGACUAGAUGUUUAACGGUCACAGCGAAGGCACUUUUGUGUAUAUAAACAGUGACAUUUUGUAAGUGAUUGAUUCAGCAACACCUUUAAGACCUUUCCUUAUGUGAAAUGUUUGAGAGGGCCUCCUCACCCCUAUUACAGUGCAGUUAAUUUCAGGCUAAUGUGACGGCUUUAACCCUGUGGUGCCUCACACACACACACACACACACACACACACACACAUACCUACUUA